GCAAAAGAAAGACAACAAAACCCUAGCUCUUACAUGGCUUCCUCACUCUCUCUAUUCUCCACUCUCUUCCUCACAUUGUUAUACUUCUCUCAAGCAAAUGAUUUAAUCAAUAAAAUUUGCUCCCAAGCAACCAACCCUUCCCUAUGCAACCAAGCCCUCGCGUCGGACCCGCGCGCCUCUCGAGCCGAUCUCGCGGGCCUCGGCCAGAUCGCGCUCGAGAAAUCCGCGGCCGCCGCCCGAGACGUCGUGAGCGUCGUCAAAUCCUCGGGCGGGGGCGGGGCGGCCGACGUGUGCGUGGAGACAUGCGGCCGCUCCAUCAACGACCUGAACAAGUGCUCCGACUUGCUCAGGAGCUGCGGCGGAGCCAGCUGCAAGGGCGACCUGCAGACCCGAGGCUCGGCCGCGUCGGCCAACGUUGUCACGUGCGAGGACGCGUUCGGAGGCGGCGGGCCGGCGAGGUUGAAGGGAGCGACCAAGAGAGCCAAGGAACUCAUCAAUGUGUUUCUCGUGAUUGCUAAUAGUUUUUGAGUAAUGUGUGACACAUUAUCUAUCCAUCUAAAUUAUUAAUAAGAGAUGAAAUUUAAUAAAUUUGCAUUUGAUGCAUGUUGGUUUGUUUA